AUGCAAAAGGUCAUCAGGCGGGCUACUCUCGCGGCCAACCAGGCCAAACGAAAGGCGAGAAUCCAAGCUGAAAAAGAUAGGCGCGAGGAAAUAAAAAAAUACAUCCGAGAACGGCAGCAGCAUCAGCAGAUGAUUCUCGACCAGGUCAAUAAUGAACGAAAAUCGCGGCGGGAGGACUGGUUAAAGGGCCCAUUGGCCCCGAAACGAGAUUAUGCUAGCCUUCAGGGCUUACACGGCACCCUUCCACCGCCGUUCACGAAUCCCCCGAGCCUUCCACGCGCGAAUAGGGCGAAGUUCGUCAACUUCGCUCCGGGGGAUCGAGUGGUUGUGAUCAAUGGGAGGGAACGAGGGAGGAUUGGAACUGUUUCGGCUAUAAAUGCAAAAAGCCAGACGAUGACUAUCAAUGGGAUUAACAAGGUCGAUAUACGCUAUCCCAAAUUCAUUUUAGGAGAUGAGAAUGAUAAACGACCAUAUCGACCAAUAUCUAUGCCAGUUCCCUUCGAGGACGUCCGGCUAGUUGUUCCCCUAACAAAUUCCGAAACAGGAAAGGUGGAAGAUGUCGUCGUGAAACACAUGUAUGCCGGAGAGCCGUUCAUAGACCAUCCAUACGGCGUAGACACACCCAAGCAUACACGAUACAUCUCGGACCUCGAUGUCGAGAUCCCUUGGCCCCAGCCAAUCAUCGAAGACUACAAGGACGAACAAGUAGAUACCCUACGAAUCGACGUGGAGGACCGCACGCAUAUUCCUUACCUCAAUGAGCGCCCAUUCCCUCUAACUGUUCUCGACGAGCUUAGGAAUAAAUUUUCUAAAUUCCGUACGCGACAUGAUCCAGAGUGGGUUGCACUGAAGGAAGAAGAGGAUAGGCGCUUGGAAGAGCAGAAGAACAAACUAUGGGUCACGCCAAAGACGGCGUAUAUGGCCCAGAAGGCACAGCAGAGAGUGGAAGAAAGGGAGCAGCGGAAGGAUGCAGAUGGGAACUAUAUUGUCCCUCAGGAAACCGCGUUGUAUAUCGAGCAGUUCCUGGCCAAGAAGCAGAAGUAA